GUCUAAUAUUCAUUUUCCUCUCUCUCCGCCCUGCCCCACAGGAGCCCUCCAUCCAGCAAGCUACAAGAGGGAGCGCGCAAAAUGGGCUUGAAGAGUACGACCCCUUCGGCGGCCAGUCGGCUGGGACAACCACCACAGCACAGGGCGUCGCAUCCCCUCCCACGUACGUCCAGCCUACCGUCUCAGGAGGGGGAACCGGGGGGGUGGGAGGGCAGCCGGCCAUGGUUACCCCCACCCCAGCUGUGGGAGGAGGGGGGGUAGCUGCCCCGCCCCCCUCCUAUGCCCCCUCAGCCCAGCAGCAGGUGACGACAGCCGAGUUCCAGGAACUGAAGAGGCGGCAGGAAGAGCUGGAGAAGAAGGCGCAGGAGCUGGCCAGGAAGGAGGAGGAGCUUCGGAACGCGGGCACUGCCGGAGCCCGUCAGGAUAACUGGCCUCCCCUCCCCUCGGCUUGCCCCGUCGGCCCGUGCUUCUACCAGGACAUCAGCGUCGACAUACCCCUUGAGUUCCAGAAGAUCGUGCGGAUGCUCUACUAUCUCUGGAUGUUCCAUGCCCUUAUGCUCCUGCUAAACAUCCUGGGAGGCCUAGGGGUGUUUGUAGCCUUCGGGGACGGCUCGACGUUUGGCCUCGCCAUCCUCUACUUCUUCAUUUUCACGCCCUUCUCGUACAUCUGCUGGUUCCGGCCAAUCUACAAGGCGUUCAGAAACGACAGUUCCUUCAACUUCAUGGUGUUCUUCUUCGUCUUUUCGUUCCAGCUGAUCGUCAGUGUCAUUAAUGCCAUCGGAGUUCCGUCGAUGGGCACCUG